AAUAAAAAAUAAAAAUUAGAAAGCCCUGCAACUUCAUGUUAUUUGAGACACAUUUGUUUAACUUGACAACGGAAAAGGUUACAAAUAACAAACAGUUGUCAUCAAUCAUGGACGCAAGCAAGGAAGCUUCUACUAUGCAAAAAGUAAAAAAACCCAGUCAGAAUAAAAGAAGGACUGAACGUAGAAGGAAAGCGUUUGAAGAACAAUUAAAGAAUCCUGACAAAUACGUACCUCUGCCUGUUGCACGACGUAAAAAGCCGAAAAGGAAUUCUAACCCUUCUACGCUAAAAAUGCAAUCUUCUUUCAAAUCCGAAAUCUCGAAAACAAUUACCUCGCCAAAAAUAUCACUUGUUCCUUCCGCAUCAACUGACGAUCCAGAUAUUUUGGAAUUGAGAGCGUCUCCAAUAAAUUUUUCACCCGUCCGUCCAAACUCUCCACUUACACUAAAUGAAGUCGACAAAAUUGAUUUUAAUAAAUUGCCUCCCACGCCAGGAAAAAAUAUAAUCUUUCCUCCUGUUAGAGAGAGACAAACUACCGGAAACAACACGGAAUCACGAAAUCGAAAACGGGUACAAUCCUCAUUAAAAAAUUCACCUGCUAAAAAAUCGAAAUCUACACACAGGGUAAAAAGGACACCGACCAAACGUUCACCACGUUCAAGCCAAACCGAACAUCAUCCGAAGAACAAGGAAGUUUCGAGGCGAUUGAAGUCGGUAAUAUGUGAACCAACGGUCCGUAGACAACUUUUUUAAUUCAUUCAUUUUCUUGAGUUAAUUUUUCCUUUUUAUUUUAUUAUUAUGAAUGCGAUUUUUUCAGGUUAACUAAAAUUUUUUUUUUUUCUUCUCAAAUUACGUUAAUUAUUUAAAUUAUUUAAUUGUUCAAUUUUCUUCGAUGCACAUUUAUAUUUCAACGUUAAUAUUCUUUUUUAUGAUAAACCCCGUGGAAUUGCUACGCUCAUUUUUAAUUAAUAAUUAAUUUAAUUAAAUAUAUUUUUUCUUAUCAUUAAAAAAGAAUUAGGAAAAAAUUAAACAAUGGAAAUAAAGUAAAAAUAUUCAAUUGUUAAAUUAAAACAAAGGGCAUCGCGUUGCCAUGACGAAAAUAGUUGUUUCAUGACAUUAGAAAAAAACAAAGAUUUCGUUACUCUUCCUUAACUCGCGAUUCUGAACGGACGUUCAAAUUGUUCUUUCUUUCUCAAAAGUGACAAAUAAGGAAAUUGUAUUGAAGAUUAUUUAAAUAAAUAUUACAAUUAUUAAAAUAUAAUUAAAUAUUUUUUCUCCUUUCUCAUUAUUUCCAAUAUCAGAAGAUAUUUAAGGACUCUUCUAGAAAGAAGAAACUUCACUGAAAAAACAUCCUUCAUCCAUAGGAAUUUCCAGGUUUCUUUCUUUAUUUCCACCUUUUCUAAUCUUUCCUUUCCUAUCUUUACGAUCCUCUCCGUAGGAUCGAAAAAUAACUUUUUCCUUUCUUCUUUAUUUCACGAUCCUCCCGCAGGAUCGGAAAUUGACUUUCCUUCUUUUCCUUCAUUAUUUCUCGAUCCUCUCCGCAGGAUCGGAAAUUCUCUAAUCUUUUUUUUUCUUUUUUCUUAAAAAAACUCAUUCUUUUUCCUCUAUUUCACGAUCCUCUCGCAGGAUCGGAAAUUGAUCUUUCUUUCUUUUCUAUUUUUCUAUUAUUUCUCGAUCCUCUAUGUAGGAUCGGAAAUUAAAUUAUUGAAAUAAUAACAAAGAAGAAAAAUUCUGGAUAACAGUUAUAUUUUAACAUUUCGAUUCUAAUGCAUAUUUCAACGUUUUCAUUCUAACUUAUAUUUUUUAAUUUUUGUUUUUGCUCUUUUUUUA